AUGUCCGCUCCCUUGCGAACACUUGUUGGGGUCAUCCAAGCAGUUGCUAGAGGGCAGUUCCAUCCGGAUGCCACGCGCUCUGGUCACAUGGCUGUGCAGGGAUUGGUUGCUGCUCAACCACAGGGGCCGACUGCCCCAAGUGAUGCUGGCCCUCAUCAGGGGUCGGCUGCAUCCCGGGUGAGCUCAGCACCGGACGAGGCCACCCAUCCCUCUCCCGAAGAGGACAGUGCGCCGGGCCCCACGGCUGGGCCCGAUGGAUCGGAAGACGAUGUCUCCGAUGAUGAAAGUGUGCCAGCCGAAGAUUUGCCGGCUAUCGGGGCUCAAGACUCUCGAGCCAACAGCUUUGUGCCGCCCUUGGACUGGAACGAGAAGGGCGAAGUCUUUGAGAAUCCCCGCCGGGCACUGCUCAAGGCUCCGCCAGAACCGCUCGAGCUCCAAAAGGUUGAAACGCAACUUGAUGCUUUCAUCUUAGAGAUUCCUGAGUGUCGCAUGAUGACCACGUCACAUGGAGCUGACUCCUUGACUGAGUCCACUGCUGUCUUCCUUGAAAGGUGCCAGCGAGCUGGCCUCCCACAGGAGAACAUUAACCGCUUGCAAGACCAGCAGCUUACCACUCUUGCGAAGCUAGCUUUUGCAGCAGGACAGCCGGGCGAGACUCCCACGGACACCAAGCUUCGCGAGUUGGUCAAGAUUGGUGCAGCUGAUGUGCCGGUGCACGUGGUNNCGGCGCUCCGCCAAGUUGUCUUCGAGUCUCAAACCCUCUUGAUCUCACAGGUGAAAUCCUUGGUGGAACGACGUGAUGAUGAAUCUAAAAUCGAGCUACCUCCGGCUGAGAGGACUUCGAAGAUCAAGGAGCAGGCCAAAAGGUUGUUGGGGGUCCCUCUCGAGGGGCCGGCUGAGUGUGCGCACAAUUCGUAUGACAUUGUCAUGAAGGUCCUUGAGCAGAAUACCCUCACUUACCUUGCGCCUAGCAAAUUCCCCUCCAGGCACUCUGAGCUCCGACAGGACAAGCCCCCGAAGACUUUGACAAUUACCGGGAGCUCUGUUACUGUCAAGGAUGAGAGGCUCGACCUGGAGUGUGAGACUCAGGCACCUCUUGACCUUCAUUGGGCUUUUACCCGAAGGUCUCUCGCCUGCGACUUGGUAGGGUUGGCAACAUACGCCAAGCAGCAGGAGUGGCAUUCCCACUUGAUGCGACAUCUGACUUCGGACGACCCGCCUCCAGGAUACUCAAAGAUCACAGUCAGGCAAAUUCUUCAGGCUGACCAGGCGGCUUGGCUCCGGAUGAGUGAGCUCACCCAGGAUGGCAUUCGUCGCAAGCCAGACGGCACCUUGCCUCUUGAUGCUCUCUUCGCUCGCGUCAUGAGUGAUCCUCAGGUGAUUUUUCAUUUGCUCCAUCAGCCGCACAACAGCAACAAGCGCUGGGCGGACGAUGAUGGGAAGGGCUACGGGGCUGAUGCUUCCAAGCGACUUCGCAAAGGCAAAGGAGAUAAAGGCGAUGGCAAGGGCAAGAAGGGGAAGGUGCGAUUUGUGCCUCGCAAUCUUCCUGCCGAGCUUCAGGGAAUGAACAGCACGACUCGAUCCGGCCAGCCGAUAUGCUGGAAUUACAACAUGGAGUGCGGAUGCACCGCUGCCCAGCCGGGCAAGAAGUGCCCCCGCGGCAUUCACAUGUGUAUGAAGCCAGGUUGCGGGAAGAAUCACUCCCUCCAGGAGCACCUGGCCAGUCGCUCUCUUCAACAUCCAGACGGGAAUCCCUGUCUUCGAGAGUCAGACCCUGCAUUGCAUGAGCGCAUUUUGCGCACCAAUCGACUUUGGGAGCUGUCUGGGCACAUCAUGUCCCAGGCCUUUCAUGCCGGCGUCCCCGUCAGUUGCGAGAGCCCGGUGCAGUCACAUGUUUGGGCUUCCAAGGCAUUUUCUUCUCAAUCCAUAGACUUACCAUUCUUGCGCACCACAUUUGAUCAUUGCGCUUAUGGCGGUCCUCGCCCCAACACGUCUUUGUUGCUUCAUUGCCUCCCAGUGCUUUCCAACUUGGACGGACGCUGUGACAAUCUUCACCAGCAUGCUGCCUGGUCUCGUGUGACCGGGCCACGCCUUCACGAUGACCGAGCCUACCCUAACGACCUCUGCAAAAGUUGGGGUCAGCUAGUGCUGCAGCAGCUCAUUGACUUAGGUGCCAGCGCCCCUCCUGCUGAACUUUCUCAACUACAACCUGAUGAUCUUGCCGCUGCCCGAGCUGCCACCAAUGAUCAGAUUGGCCGUCGCAGGCCCCCCAUGGUGCCCGAGUUCAAAACUUUUGUGCGGCUCACCGGGCCUUUGCAUGCCCUGCCGCCCAUGAAUCUCAAAACCGAGUGGCCUAUCCCCUCAAGCAUUGCGUGCGAGCCUGCCAUUUCCCACCUCCCACCCGGUUCUAAGGUUGUAGGUCCCUCCUUAAGUGCUCGGGGUGAUGAUAAGGAGGUCCCUAGUCUCGAUAAGGCCCCGGGUGAUGACAAGGAUGUCCCUAGUCCCGAUAAGGCCCCCCUUGACUGCCCAGCUGAUUCCAGCUCGCUUUGUGAAGGUGCAGAGAAGCUGGCCAAGAGUCUAGCUUCGCAGCCAGGCCCCAUCGCCUCACGUGACAUGGAACGAUUGUGCCGAUCUCUCCCUCUCGAGUCCCCUCACCGAGGCAAGUGCGAGAGUGACGGUUCCUUCAGGGCUGGGAUGUACAUCAAGGGUGGGAUUGUUGGUUUGCAGAAAUCUUGUCGAACGCACCCGUGGAGUAACAAGGCGAUCUCGAGGUUUGUUGCCGAGCAAUCCGCCUCCAUUGGCUUUUCUUCACGCUUCACUUCGGCCGUGGUCCUAGUGAACACAAGGACCGAACCCCACAGAGACAUCGCCAAUGCUGGCGAGGACAACAUCAUCAUUCCUGUCAGCCGCUUUGACAAGGGCGGUGUGUGGAUCGAGCACCCCGAUGGCCCCGAUGUUAGGACGCUGAUGAACUUCGAGGAAGUCAUCCAGAAGAACGCUUCGGAAAGCCCCGCUUCUCUUGGCCAGUUCAGGUGCAGCAUGCCGUCUCAUUGCCAGCGGGUUUUAAGCUCUAAGAGGUUGUGUCUGUUCAAAGAAAUUCUUGACACUUGCGGACAUGGCGAUGUCACUCUGGUUGACGAGGUCUCCCAGGGCUUCAGGUUGAGCGGGGCCAUACCGGACUCGCACGUCUUCCGUGCUAAGAGGACCACAGCCUCGAUGUCCACCGAUGAGCUUAAGUCCACCUCUAGCAAGAUGAGGGAGUACAUCCUAGGCACUUGUAAGAGCAGCGGCGACCCUGAACUCGACAUUGCUACUUACAAUGCCACGAAGGACGAGCUCGAACGAGGUUGGCUGUGGGGACCGGUUUCCGCGUCCUCACUGCCCGAGGACGCCAUACUCACUAGGAGAUUUGGGAUAUGGCAGUCGUCCGGUGACCAGCAGAAAUGCAGACCGAUAGAUAAUUAUCGCGAGAGUCUUGUCAACUUGACCACAUCCGCGAACGAGACCAUCAGCAUACACAGUGCAGACACCGUCGCUGCAGGCAUUGCUUUUGACAUGAGGGCAAGCCGCGAUGUGGGCAAGCCCCGCAGCCUACUGAUGAAGGCGUGGGACCUUCGCAAAGCAUACAAAAAUCUGCCGCUCCAUGAAUCGUCUCUUCAUGAGAGCUACUUGUGUGUUUACGACCCGGACACUCAGACGACGCAAAUCUUCGGACAAUUUGUUUUGCCCUUCGGGGCGCGAUCCAGCGUCCAUGGAUUUUGCAGAGUUUCAGCAGCUUUAUGGCUGGCUGGAGUCAGCAUGCUGCGGCUGCACUGGUACUCGUACUUCGACGACUUCCCAACCAUUGAGCCCGAGCAAACGUGCCCCAUAGCGCAAAUGGGUGUUGACUUCUUGUUCACGCUUCUAGGAUGGGAGACAUCCUCAGAGAAAAACUCCCCUUUUUCCAGCGUCUGUAAGAUCCUAGGCCUUGAGUACAAUCUUGAAGAGACCAAGCUUGGGACCCUAGUCAUCAAGAACACGGCUAAAAGGGUUGAGGACAUCUCGUCCGAGAUAGACAAGUGUCUUGAAAACAACUUCCUCUCUGCGAAGGAUGGCGAGCGGCUCAGGGGCCGCCUCAACUUCAUGGAUGGCCAGUUGUUUGGCAAGCUCUCCCAGCAUGCCUUCAGGGGAUUGACCAGACACGUCCUCGCAGGAGGCCCCGGCGAGUUUCCAUAG